AUGCCUAGAUGUGACAGUGUCGACCAACUUCAGGACCGCCUCUCGAGCAUCGAAUCCCACCUCCAUCGUAUGACCCUCGCUUUGGAACAGAGCCAUGAACAAAACACAGCCGCGCCGCUCGGGGAAUCCCUGGCGGGCAAACAAGAAGACGUUGAAGAAUGGGAACAUGACGCGGACACUGACGGCCACGCCUCAGUCAUAAUGGCAAGCCCGUCUCAGCUGAGUGAGGAGAAUUGGGCCGACGGCUGGUACACUGGCCCUCAUUCAAUCGCUGCUCUCUGCGGCAACCUACGGCAGCACAUUCUUUCCGUUCACGGUCACUUGGAUAGAGACGGACUGGCACAAAAAUUGCAGACUCUCUGUGAGACCGCGACUGCCACGGAAACAGUUCCAAUAUCUAGCAAUCAACAAGGGAUCUCACUUCCCCCCAAGCAAGAGGUCAUGGCCGCUGUUAAGCGAGUCCUUGAAUAUGGGGAUUGUAUCACCGAUCUCUUCGUGCCGAGUCACCUUCUUGCGCAGCUCGAGCUUGUUUACUCGCGUCCUAAUAUACUCAGUGACACACUGGACUCAUGGGCAAUUUGUUUCGAAACGCUCACGGUUCUUGCCUUGACCAUGGGAAAAGUGAGGCACCGUCCAGGUCCGACCACCUCCUUUGCCAACAUUGCCAAAUCUUGGGCUCCGAACCGAGCGUCUUUGAUUACCUCCGGGCUGUUAGCCAAGCCGAGCCUGAUCAACGUGCAAGUGCUGAUACUGCUGAGUAUCGCAGCAGAACAAUCGGAUCCACCCGAAUUGGCCGAGUCAAUAUUUGCACAGGCGUGCAUGCUUGCCCGAAUGAUGAGUAUGCGUCAGAGGCAUUUGCCUUCACACGAUGACAACGAUAUUGAGACGGUGGAACUGGAAAAGGCUCGUCGAUCGUUGUACAUUCGUGACCGCGGCCUGUGCAUCACCCGCGGGACAGUGUCCUGGCUACCACCCCAUGCCUGCGAUUUUAUCAAAAGGCUCAGCGUAGAAGUCGAUCCUGAGAAGCCCUAUCAUAUACGCGUUCGAUUGGCGAUGAUACAGGACGAGGUAUAUCUGCUGAACCAAGCCGCGUACACCGACACUCCCAGCUCGCGCAGGAGCCUAGGGGUAUCCAUCGAGUCUAUUCAGCGCCAACUUGCCGAGUUCGCGACAACAUUCGCCAUUUUUGACUUGAGCUCCCCCUCGAAGUUAAAUCAUAAUGUCGGGAUUGGUCUGGAAUUCCUCGCGACUAGGAUACUGGCCCUGCGUCUCAGCCGGCAGCAGGGACAUCUGGAACAGGUUCGAUUGGAUGCGAGAGCGAGCUGCUUGCUUCUUCUUAUUGCCAAUGGUGCCCGAGCUGAGCAGAUCAUACCCAGAUUUCAUUUGCUCACUAGCAGUGUCUUGUCGUCGUCCACCGCCAGCCCUGUCAAUCAUGAGACGGCGACUCGGUUUAUGUGUCGCGCCAUGGAUGCUUUCUCGAUUCCUUCCUAUUUUUUUCUUAGCCAGGACGUGAUUUCAGACCUCAUCGGUGACUACCGAGCGUCGUCGUCUAAUGAGGACUUGCAACUACUGCGACAAGUUUCCGAGUGUUGCACGCGCUUCGUCUCAUCGACGGAGUCCAACAGCUACCACCGAAAGGUCGCCGGUGUUCUCCACCACGUGUUGGACAUUGCGAAAUUCAUCGAUCACCCGGGCGAGAGCAAGAUCCCGAAAUGUCCGUCCGAAGAUAAGGCAAUGACCGAUACGUCUCCAGGUUCAAGCAUUCCGUGUCCCCUCGAUUUCCCUGAUGCAGCUGGAAAGCUUCCCCAGCAAAACCCUCAUGAUUCUCACUGGCCAAUCAUUCCGGACCAUCCGGGUCUCCUCUGGGGUGAUUGGGCACCGAUGCCUUCGGGUCUUGACGCCGCGCCGCCGUUGGGCGUUGUAGGUAUUGGCUCUGUCUCGUACCCGUCCCAAGACCAUCUCGCUCAGCCACUAACCACCCAAUAUACGCUCCCCGAAGGACUGGACCAACCCGUAUAUUAUCAAGGGACCGAGGGAGCAAGCGUUAACCGACGGAAGCGGCCGCAGAUGGAGGAGUGGGACGAUGGAGGAUCCUAUUGA